UUCAAAUAUCCCGCUUUCCUCUUCAAGCCCGAGCCACGAUUGUGUGAUUGUGACGGAACGCGCCACCUCUGGUCGAUGUCCCUCCCGCGCGCUGGUGUCGGGUGGUUUUGAAGCGAGGAGGGAGGUCGCCUCGAGCCGAGCAUGGCCGCCAAGUUGAGUUUGACCAAGGAAGCAAAUCCAGAUGAACUUAAAACAAUUUUUAUAAAGUAUGCAACAGUUGAGAAGAAUGGGGAGCGCCUUAUGUCUUCUGAAGACUUUGUGAAAAGAUUCUUGAACUUGCGAAAUGGAAUGGAAGACAAUCCCGAGACAGUGAAGUUGCUAGCAGGUGCUGUUAAUCAAUCAAAAACUGGGUUGAUCACCUUUCAAGAAUUUUUUUCAUUUGAGUCAGUUUUGCGUACACCAGAUGCCUUAUACAGAGUUAUUUUCCAGCUAUUUGACAAGAAAGGCAAAGAAGCAAUCAGUUUUGAUGACAUCAAGGAAAUAUUUAGCCAAUCUGCAAUCCAUCAGCGUAUACCAUUUGACUGGAAUUCUGAAUUUGUGGAUCUCCACUUUGGAAAGGAUAGGAAAAUGCAGCUAAAUUAUCCAGAGUUUACACACUUUCUAUUGGAGCUGCAAAAGGAGCAUGCGAGACAGGCUUUCAUUCUGAAAGAUAAAGAUAAGAGUGGCAAUAUUUCAGUCUUGGAUUUCAAGGAUAUUAUGAUUACCGUUCGUCCACACAUGGUAACCCAAUUCGUGGAGCAAUCAUUAGUACCGGCAGCAGGAAGUACUCAAACCCAUCAAGUCAGCUUCUCCUACUUUAAUAGUUUUAACUCCCUCCUUAACCACAUGGAGCUCAUUACAGGAGUCUACCAUACUAUUGCUGACACCAGUAAAAAUGUGAAAGUUGCUAAAGAUGAAUUUAUGCUUGCAGCCCAGAAACUUGGUCAGGUGACACCUAUGGAAAUUGAUAUUUUGUUCCAAUUAUCCAACCUCUACCAAUUGCGUGGAUAUCUCACAUUAGCGGACAUUAAACGAAUAUCACCUCGGGAGGAAGGAGUCUUGCCAUAUUAUCUGAGAGAUUCAUGGGCCAGUGAUCACCCUCACCCUAUUUUAAACCACAUAGCAGAAUCUGCAUACAGAUUUAGUCUUGGUUCUGUCGCAGGAGCCAUGGGUGCAACUUCUGUCUAUCCCAUUGACUUAGUUAAAACUCGUAUGCAGAACCAACGCUCAACUGGGGCCUUUGUUGAAGAGAUUUUAUACCGUAAUAGCCUUGAUUGCUUCAGGAAAGUACUGAGAUAUGAAGGCAUCAUUGGACUUUACAGAGGUCUGUUACCACAAGUGAUGGGUGUGGCACCUGAGAAAGCCAUAAAACUUAGUAUGAAUGAUUUUGUGAGAGACCUGUUUAUUCGGGGAGAUGAUUCCAUCCCAAUUGCAGCAGAAAUACUUGCUGGUGGAUGUGCUGGUGCUUCACAAGUUAUCUUCACUAAUCCUCUAGAGAUUGUCAAGAUCCGGUUGCAGGUGGCAGGUGAAAUCACCGUGGGUUCCCGUGUCAACGCAUGGAACGUCAUCAAGCAUUUGGGGUUCACUGGAUUAUAUAAGGGUGCAAAGGCUUGUUUUUUACGUGACAUCUCAUUCUCUGCUAUCUACUUCCCAUGUUAUUCUAACUUAAAACUCGCCUUUGCAGAUGAGUUUGGGCAGGUUAACUCGAAAAAUGUGCUGCUUGCUGGAUCUUUGGCUGCGAUGCCUGCAGCUUCUUUGGUGACACCCUUUGACGUUAUCAAAACAAGGCUACAGGUUUCUGCACGUGAAGGUCAAGUUACAUACACUGGAAUGAUGGAUUGUUUUCGGAAGAUUCUACAACAGGAGGGUCAAAAUGCUUUCUGGAAAGGAACAGCAGCACGUGUGUUCCGAUCUUCACCACAGUUUGGAGUUACUUUGUUGACUUAUGAGCUUUUGCAGAAUUGGUGCCAUAUUGAUUUUGGCAAGAAAUCUGGACCAACUUCAUUCCCACAUUCAAGAUUUAGUUUACCUGCUCCUAAUCCAGAUUACAUUGGUGGCUAUAAAUUAGUCGUUGCCACAUUUGCUGGAAUCGAACGCAAAUUUGGGCUUUAUCUUCCACGUUUUUCAACUGAUGCAUGAUCAUGGAAUCCAAGGGCAGAACAAAAAGGACUUUGUGGAAUGAUUCAUAAGAGAAUGAGGAAACAUUUGCCAUUUUAAAAAAAAUCUAUCAAUUUGCUUCUUAUUUACACAAUUAAAAAUGAAAAUAUGUUAUUAGCAUAGAAUGCAUUCUUUACAUUAAUUGUUUUUCAUUUAUUGAAACUAGUUAUAUACUGUGAUGUUAUGCAGAUUGUAAAUAUUUCAAAAAAUAUGCUGAUUCAACAUACUGGUGAGAUUUGCAUUACUUGAUGUAAUAUUUGAUUAAAGGAAAUUAUGGUGAUCCAGUUAAUGAUCCAUUUAAUUAGUGGAAACUGGAAUUUUGCAUGUCAAAAUGAUUUGAUAUCUAUUGAAACAAGUUGUUCCAAAAUUGAACCAUAUUGGUGAGUUGUUAAACAUUGAUGAGUUGUGCAACUUGCAAGGUGAUUACUUGAGUUUGAAUAGCUGUAACACCAAAUACAGCAGUUACUGUAAUUGUUUACAUAUUUUAUGUUCAUGUUGAAUUGACAAUAAUGUUGUUGAAGCCAUUUGUGAGAAUUGUGAUGGACUGCAACCAGAUAAACAUUGCAGAGAUUGCUGAUAUUGAUUAGUAUGUCUGAUUGCAGCAUACUUCUCCUCUACAUGGUAUCUUCUUCUUAUGGCUAGUUGUGGAUGAAGUGCUUGAUGAAUGAGAUUUGAAAGGAAUGUGCAAACUUCAAUAUGCUUUAAUUGCACAAGUAUUACUACUGACCACCUCCCUAGCUUGUUAGAGUACUUUUUCUCAGAAUUAUUCAGCUGUGUAUGAGCAUACCUGCAGAUGAUGGGCGACACCAUUAUUUCGCCCUCUCAGAGAAAUUCUCUUU